CGCGUAACAACUUGCAUGAAAAAGCUCAACAAGACUUUCAUCAGAACUUAACAGGAACUCCUUGCGGUUGGAUAAUCGUUUAGUCAGGGAUCUGCAUAUGCUGAUCGGUCAAAUGGAAAAUAGUAAAGGUGACUAUGUGCAGAAUCGAGACGGAAAAGGCAAAAGCACCUUAUUUAGAAAGGAAUUGGCUCUACGAGAGUCUAGCCAUGUAAAUAAUAUAAAGGCUAACCAAUCGCCUGGCUUUGACAUACAACAACUUGCAAUGAAAGUGGACAGAGUGAAAAAGAAAAGUCGAUUUCAAGAUGAAAACACGGAUAGACUGACUCUUUUACUGAAAAGUCACGUCCAUAGAAUUCAGAAAAAGGGUCAUGACGGCGCAGAUGUUCUGAAGACCUUGAAUCAAAUAAGGGAAAAGUCGAAGCAGACAUGUUCGAAUUUUGGAAUUGAUAGAUAUCCAGCAUCAGCCCUUCGACCUGCAAAUUGGGGAUCGGGAGCUAAGAAUGAAGGCUUAAGCCUCAAACUUCAAAGAAUUGUUGAAAAAGCUAGAGCAGAUACCUCGCACGCCAUCCAAAAGGUGGAUUCUACGGAUACGAGCUCUCUGCUGUUCCUGGGGGUUGUGAAGCGUGUCCAGAUGUUGAGUAAAUCACUGAAGGUUCUUGAGGUUGUACCAAAGAGUGGAGAAAGCGAGAUUUGUUUCAAGGUUGGAAUAGUGUGUUUAUGGAAUGAGUGGGUAGAAGUAGGAGAAGAUGAUAACAUAGUAUUUCAGGAUUUGGAUGUCCCCAGUGUUGACGAUGAGAUGCAAUGGUCUUUCAAAUGGAAGAAGGUGGUUGGCUCGUAGGUUAGAGGCGGCUUUAUGUGACUAUUAAAAAGUGU